ACGCCCUGCCUUAAACACGGCGGGUCCGGUGGCGGCGGCUCCCGGCGGGUCCCUCUCACGGACGAGGUCGGGAGGUCUCGGGAUCCCGGGCCUCUCCCCGUGGGUCGUGGGGAAGGAUCACCACAGGGCCGAGCUUGCGCUGGCCGCCGCGACUCAAGACGCGCGAGGCACGCUAGGAGUUGUAGUCCCGCCGCUCGCCGCGGCCCCGCCCCGAACACGGAAGUGCGCGAGGCCACAGGCGGAGGCGGCUCUAAGAUGGCGUCGCCUCCUCAGGGGGGCCCGAUGGCCAUCGCCAUGCGGCUGCGGAACCAGCUCCAGGCCGUUUACAAGAUGGACCCGCUGCGGAACGAGGAGGAGGUGAAGGUGAAGAUGAAGGAGCUCAACGAGCACAUCGUGUGUUUCCUGUGCGCCGGGUACUUCAUCGACGCCACCACCAUCACCGAGUGCCUGCACACCUUCUGCAAGAGCUGCAUCGUGAAGUACCUGCAGACCAGCAAGUACUGCCCCAUGUGCAACACCAAGAUCCACGAGACGCAGCCGCUGCUCAACCUCAAACUGGACAGGGUCAUGCAGGACAUCGUCUACAAGCUGGUGCCUGGCCUGCAGCACAGUGAGGAGAAGCGGAUCCGGGAGUUCUACCAGUCCCGAGGCCUGGACCGUGUGACACAGCCCAGCGGUGACGACACGGUGGGGGGUGACCCCAUGGGGCUCCCCUACAGCACCUUUGACCACUCGCGCGCCCACUAUUUCCGCUACGACGAGCACGUCUCGCUCUGCCUGGAGAAACUGAGCUCGAGCAAGGACAAGAGUAAGGCCAUGCUGCAGCAGAAAUACGUGAGGUGCUCGGUGCGGGCACAGAUCCGACACCUGCGGAGGGUCCUGUGCCACCGGCUGGGGCUGUCCCUGCAGCACGUGCAGAUCCUGUUUGACAACGAGCCCCUCCCCGACCACAUGACGAUGAAGCAGCUCUGGCUCUCACGCUGGUUUGGCAAGCCUGCGCCCCUCCUGCUGCACUACAGCAUCAAGGACAAGAGGAGGUAGGGGUGGGGGGUGGGCACUGCCCCCCAGUGCAGCCCUGCUCCCGCCCCCCACCCCCAUAACUUAUACCCCUCUUUGAAUUUAUUUUUGGAAUAAAAUUGUGGAAAAGCC